AUGGGACCUCAUGUCUUCAUUCCUUCAGACGAACCCUUGGAUCGCCGAGAAGUUGCCCUCCAUUUCAGCCGGUUCCUCGACAAACCUACUCUCCUCGCCUGCUUGCAAGUCUCUCGUUCUUGGUUUGCUGCGCUAGAACCUUGUCUCUGGCACAGCUUCACGCUCCUGAGGGACCAUCCCAACCCGGUCUCUCCUCACCAGCCUCGUCAAGUUAUCCAACAGCGACAGCAGGACAGGAGUGCAUCCCUCCCUCGUCGGUACCCGACCCUCGGAUCCCUCCAAAGGAACGCUCGACAUAUUACUCGACUUCGGUACUUUGGCGAACUUCCUCUCCUCAAAGCUCUCGUCCCUCACCUGAAUCAAUUGAGGUACCUGGAGGCGACGCGCUAUACAGACGACGUCAAGCAAUUGCUAAAGCAGAAUGCCGCGACUCUGCAUACCCUCAUCCUCAGAGGCGACCCAUUCAUCCCAGGAGACACAAUCAUGAUCGACAGGAUUUGGCACCACCUUCUCGACUUUACCGCCCUCCGAGUCCUCGAACUGAACGGGGCCAUCGUGUCAGACUACGAAGGAACCAAGUUCGGACUUCUCUGUCGCAAGCUGGCCAGCCUCUCCCUCAUCGAUUCCAAGCUUCUCGAGCGACCAAAGUCCGAGGACGAGUUUCUUAACAUCCGCACCUUGGUUCUCGACCGAUCCUUCCUUCCUAAGGAAGACCAACCUUCGCUCUUCGAAGUCUGCCCUGCGCUUGAGAACUUUACAUGGAGAUCGCGAUCGGGCAAGCCGUCGACCUUCAAGUUCUUGGACUUUCUGAACGCCGGUCGAGGAGAAGCACUGUCUGGAUUGGACCUGUCGGGGUCCCAGAUUACUGACAGCGAUCUUGCCAGUAUCAUUCGAUUGCUACCAGGGCUGACUCGACUCCGUGCCUGCAACUCCUUGUUUGGCCCCGAAUCGACCAGGAUGAUCACCGAGAUGCGUCAACAUCAGAUACAGGAGUUGAUUUUAUUGCAGUGCCCUGGUUUCACUCAGACUUACGCCCAGGAAGUCUUGAGGACUUGCAGUCGAUUGCGAGUGUUCUCGGCGCCGGCUGUCAAUGCAGUGGAAAUGUCCCAGCUUCGGUGGAGUUGCACAGGGCUGGAGGAACUGGAUAUCAGUAUUGCAGGGACACGUCGUUUGCCAGGACGGGUGACUCCAAGACACCGCGGCAUAUAUUCUCAGCUGGCGGUUCUCACUAACCUCCGCGUGUUGCGACUUGGAGAGGUGACAGACAUGGAAGAAGGGCCGUUCCUGUUGGACUUGAAGGUGCACAGCGGGCUGGGCUUGCUCUCGACACUGGGAAAGCUGGAGGUCUUUGACUGUGAGAAAAUGAAGCCUGUGAUGGAGUUCUUUGACCUGCAGUGGGUGGUCAGAAACUGGGAAAGCCUCAAGAAGCUUGUAGGCAGUGUCCACCCGAACUAUGAACAGAGGGACCUCUCGAACGAGUUCCUGUCGUCUCAACUGCCUUUCCUAGAGACAUAUCUCACUCAAGAGGAGUGUACUCUUGCUUUGGUGUGGAAAUAG